UUGAGUCAGCGCGUGCUCAGGUCUCUUCAGUAGCGCAUCUCAGGUGAACCCAGUGAACGCAGCACACAGAGAGCGGUGCACAUUUAUAUUCAGUCUGACUCGGAAAGGAACGAGAGAGGAAUAAAAUCAGAUCUGCUUAAUAAUAAUAAUAAUAAUAAUAAUAAAACAUCACAUUGUUGAUCGUUUUAAAAGGGAAUGCCAUCGAUCGAUAUGAAAGUGGAACUGGUGACGCUCAUCGCGUGCGACGUGGAUUCUGAGGUGUUCACGUCCGACAAAAUGCAGGAGCGUUUCGAGUCACUGUUUCGGAUCUACGAUGAGCAAACAUCCUUCCAGAUGUUUAAGAGUUUCCGGAGAGUGCGGAUCAGCUUCAGCACGCCAGAGGCCGCUGCGCGUGCUCGCAUCGAGCUGCACGAGUCUGAAUUCAACGGCUCCAAACUCAAACUUUAUUUCGCACAGGUGCAGAACUCGGGUGAGGAUGUGGAUAAGGCAUAUCUGGCCCCACCCCAACCUGUGAAGCAGUUCCUCAUCUCUCCGCCCUCUUCCCCACCUGUGGGAUGGAGCCAAAGCGAAGAUGCCACCCCCGUCAUCAAUUAUGACCUUCUGUGUGCCGUGGCCAAACUGGGCCCAGGUGAGAAAUAUGAGCUGCACGCAGGUACGGAUUCCACUCCCAGCGUGGUCGUGCACGUCUGCGAGAGCGAGACGGAGGAGGACGACGAGGCCCGGCCCAAGAUGAAAAUCGUCCAGACACGACGUCCCGACAGCCCUCCGAAAGUCUACAACUAAACCUGCCUCUCUGCACGUUUCCUUUGUCUAAAUCUCUUUCUCUCUCUCUCUCUCAUAUGGAGGCAAAGACACCCUUCAUUUCAGCUCUAAUUUAAAAAAAAAAAAAAAAAAACACUUCUAAAAUCGAAAAGAAAUUUAGAGUGGAGAGCGUUUCUCGCUCGCGAUGGGAAAGGACCGAGUUAGUCUUGACUGGAAGAACUGACACAGACACGUCACUGUCUCACAGAAAGGCAAAGUUAGCAUGGAAGGGUGGGGGUGGGGUGGGUUGGAGGGUGGAUGGUUAAGAAACCUCCUGCAAUCAGAGCACUUUUCAUUCGCACACUCAUGUAGUCUCAAAAUAGUAUAGCAUUAGAGGAUCAGUAGAUAUCUAAAUGUAUCUAAAUGUAGUAGUAGGUGCUGAAGUAGUGGUUUCAUAUCAGGCUUUAUUUCUAGCAUUCAGUAACUGAUCAUGGAGGAGUAACACGAACGGAAACAACGGUUUUCCUUUUUUGCAGAUUUUGACUCGUCACAUAUCAGGUGAUGUGUAGGGUUUAUACAGUCCACGUGAUCCAGAUGUGUGUGUGUUAGUGAUGCAUUAAGCUGCAGAGAGAAAGUGAGAAGUUAAUUGUACACACACCAACUGCUGGUUGCUGUCUUCUGAAAGGGUUGGAAUUUUUUUUUUUUUUUUUUUACUUAUAAACUUGGAAAUGUUUGUUUACUAAACUAUAUGUGUGUUGUUGUGAUUAAUAUUGUUCUUAACAUGUAUUUGAUACCAGAAGCAUUCUUUGCAUGUUAACUGCUAUAGCUGAACACAGAGUGUUUUAUACUGAACGACAGAAAUCAAACGAUCCUGACGUUAGCCUUCAAUACAUAUCCUGCUGCUGCUCGGGAGUCUAGAAGGCUGUAAAGGCAUUACGAUCGGAGCGUUUGUCUGUAUAUCUGUAGUAUAGUUGUCGUUUUAUUUUAGUUUUUUGGGGUUUUUUUUUUUUUUUUUUUUUAGAGAUAGCAGCUUCCUGCUGUGAAUUACAGAGGAGGAAAUCGUUUAUGCAUUUUAAUUUUCAGUUCUUCGAGUCUAGUCUCAGCACGGUGCUUUCCGUCUGUUUCUGCUCAGCUUGCUUGGUGUUUUUGUGAAAUCAGAGAAUUAAACCCGUUGGGAUUUUGUCAUUUAUAAAGAAAAACGCAUAAACUCUCAACCGACGAAAGUCGUCACAUGAAAUGCCUUUUAACUUAUGAAAUAAGGUGUCAUGUGAUUAACAUUUUGUGACGUAAAAAGAGCGGUGGAAAAGCAACGUGGAAAAGAAUUCGUUCGGUAUGGGAAUUGUCAUUUUGACUUACAGGUGCUUAGGACACAAUGGCUUGUUUAAAUCCUGUAAGGUAAUCCUACGAAGGGUUCAUUUUGCUCAGCAUGUCCUCCAUUUGUGCUGUUGAGGCACACACACGUUUUGCACGCCGCAGCCAGUUGCAACAGCAGAACGUACGCUCUUUCAUAUGAUAGUUUCAACAUAAACGGCUGCCAUGGAAAAAAAUAAUAAUAAUAAAUUAUAAUAAUAAUAAGCCUUACGUUGUAUAUCUUAAACUUUCCAUCAACCCCCUAAAAGAUGCGACGUUCAUUAUAAAUAAAAUUCAAACUGGACAAUGUAAAAGAACACUUAUACGUUUUUGUUUUCUUUGCAUUCUAUUAGGAUGAUUUCUUCAUGUAAAUAGUUAUAUCACAUCACUCUUCAUGGACAACUCACGGAAAUAGGUUUCUGUAGCAGGGUGUAUUUAAAAGUAAGGGAUUAUAAUACAAAAAAUUUG